AUGAAAAUUAACUCUGAAUUAAUAUAAAGAUCACAUCAUUUUAUAAAUCCAUUAAAUAAUAGAUAACUUGAUCUACGAGGUAUUGGAAUUUAAUAUAAACUUUUAGCAAAGAAAUUACAGCCAUUGAAAAUUUAGGAGCCAAAUGGGUAUCAAGAUUCUUUUAUGUUGGAAUUUUUUAAUCACAUUGAUUUAGGGGAUAAUGAUAUCAAAAAGCUAGGGAAAUCUCACCUUAUUGAAGAGGCAUGA